UAGUCUGUAUAUCUUAUAUUUAUUCAGAUUUAUAGGCUUUGAUCGGGAUUGACAUCCAUUAAUAGAUUUCUAAAUAUAGUUGUUAUGUACAUACACGUGUUGUUCAUUCAUAAAUCGUGGCAUGUAACUUAUGAAAGAGACUGGACUGACUUGAACGGUUGAAUUGAACUUGAGCAGUUUGAACAAUUACUCCUCACUAUAACAUUGAAUUGUGCAAGGCGACUGGACUAGACAUAUGGAUAUAAUACAGUCGAAUUGUCAUUCUGUUUGAAUCCGUUUGCGAUUUUUUUCUCAAAUUUUGAAUGCUUUUUUAAAGCGGUAAUCUUUGUAUAUUUUGUAUGGUUCUGGAACUAUUUUAGGAUUCAGAUUGUAGUACAUUCCCGGUGUGUAAUUAAAUCGGGGUUGUGAUAAGCGUCCUAGUCGAAAACAGUUUAAGACAAAAGUCUUAUGUUUGUGAAAGUAAUAUGAUUCGGAAUAAAAGUAUAAUAACUUUAUAGUAAGUUAGCAACAAUUGAUUACAUUUAAUUUGCGCAAAAAUCAAAUUUAGAUAUGUACGAAUGAAUUUCUAUAAUUACCACGAAACGUUUUUUAAAAUUAUAUCGGAGAUGUCAUCAAGAUAAAAAAAAUUCAUACAAAACUAGUCUACGUUGGUAAAGUGGAAAAACAUAAACAAUACAGCUUAGAUAGCGAGUGGUUGAUAUUUUCUGUACACGUACUUGCCACACACCGUGAAAAUAAUGUCAAGUUCGCAUUUGUAAUGUCGCCAGAAUUAGUUUUCGUAACCAGAGUUGUAGAACAAAAAUUGAGUACGAAACAAAAAAGGCCAAGUUACACGACUGUUACCUCUGUUAUCUAUCAUACAUAGUCGUGUAUGCAGGGCUUUACAUGCUUCCUUUAGUAGGAGUGUAAUAAUAAGUUUCAAUUAUACUUUUUUAGUGAAUUUUUCGAAGCCCGGAUGAAUGAAACAUGAAAGUUAUCAAUUCAAUACUUGAAAGCUAGAAAAUACUUUAAGUACAAUGCCAAGAUACAGCACUUAUCACGAGUAAAUCACUUGUCAGGUUUAUGUUACGUUGUUCAAGACAAAUUUCGAAACUUGUGUCUUGGCCGGAAGAAACAGAUUUCGGAAAUGCGGUGUAUAUUCUAGCAACUGGUGGAUAAUUUUGGUAAAUUGGUAUUGAAUUACAAUUUUAAACCAGACAAUCAAAAAGAAUGUCCACGUCUGUCCACGUCUAUUAUAGAAGUAUUUACGCGAUCCAAAGACGCAUGUGCAUGCAUUGCAUGAAUAUUCUUGUUAUCUGCGCGAUAAGACAUAUUUCUUUGAGUCGUGGUUCAUGUAUAUAAGCAGCAAUAGAUGGAGCUUGAGGUCAUAGAUAGCAGUUGGCCAAGCGGGAGGACCUGAACAGAGUAUCAGUGCAAUAUAGCAAUACUAUCUAAUCUGAAUUAUCUAAUAUUUCGCUUAUGGGAUAGUGCACGUUUGGAGUGAAGUUUGUUGGAUCAAUUUUAGCACAGAUUUGAUUUGAGUAUGAAUGUUCAAUUUUAUUCUUUGCAUAUCCAUAUUAUUCUAAUUCUGUGUGACGAAAAUACAUAGCAUUGCUCUGUGGUUCGUAUGGUUCCAAAUAAAAACUCGGCUAUGGAUAUACGAUGAUCAAGUAUUAUGGAUAAACCCAUAACUAAAAGUUUAAACGCUGAUAUGACUGACGAGAGAACAGAACCGAUGGAGGAAUACGCAGGUGACGCAGAAGAUUGGAAUAUGCGACGAGUUCAAUUCAGCGACGUAGUACAGGUAGAACAUGGCUCCGAACCCGAAAGCUUCGACAGAAGGGAGAUGAUUAGAUAUAAAAUGGAAAACUUGUCAGAAAAGUUUCAUUCUGCAGUUGACGUUGAUGAUGGCGACGAAGAUUGCUUUGAAAAGGACGAGAAUGCGUUCGAGGAAAAGAAUCAAAUGCGAGAAGGAGCCGAGAGAAGGCAUUCACUUGCUGCGCAGCUUCUAAUGGCACCCACAAAAUGGGCUCAACAAAAGGAAUAUCGACAGCGCAAAAUGUCGCUUCACGGAAAACCGAUAUAUUUUACAGCGCCGUCUCGAAGGAAAAACGAAGUUCGAAAAUUGAUGAUUUUAAUAUUUAAUUUCUUAGAAAGACCUGGGGGAGGGAAUAACAUAUCCCUAAUAUACCAUACGUUAACGUUUAUAUCGGUUUGCGCUGCUUUGAUCCUUACUGUGUUUGCGACAAUACCAGAUUAUAUGCAAACUGCAAAAAGAAUUUUAUUUGUGAUGGAAGUUAUUUUGGUUAUUGUUUUUACGACGGAACUCGUUGCGAGAGUUUGGAGUUCAGGAUGCAGGGUGAGAUAUCAAGGCAUAAUGGGAAGAAUUCAUUUUGCAAGAAAGCCGUUUUGCAUCAUAGAUAUUACUGUGGUGAUUUCAUCUUUCGUGAUAAUAUUUGCUGGAAAUGAGAAUCAUACGUUCGCUGCCACUGCGAUGCGAGGCUUAAGAUUUCUACAAAUUUUAAGAAUGUUUCGGGUGGACAGAAGAGGUGGAACAUGGAAACUACUCGCAUCUGUCGUUUACGCUCACAGCAAAGAAUUAAUAACGGCGUGGUACAUUGGAUUUCUCGCGUUAAUACUCGCAUCAUUUCUUGUAUAUCAAGCUGAAAAGGACAUCAAUGCUGAGGAAUUCCAAACGUUUGCGGAUUCAUUAUGGUGGGGUCUGGUAACACUAACGACGAUUGGAUACGGAGAUAAAACACCACGCUCUUGGAUAGGGAGGCUGAUAGCUAGUUGUUUCGCUAUUCUCGGAAUAUCCUUCUUUGCAUUGCCAGCUGGAAUACUUGGUUCAGGUUUCGCGUUAAAGGUUCAAGAACAACAUCGACAAAAACAUUUAUCAAGAAGAAGAAAUCCGGCAGCUUAUCUCAUACAAUGUUUCUGGCGAUGUUACGCAGCCGAUGUCGAUUCAAGAUCAACCGCAACAUGGUUGGAAUCUUUACGUGGACAAAUUUCACACAACAUGAAAAAGAACGUCAUCAGGAGAAAGAAGUUUGGAUCAUCAGGUCGAUAUUCUGAAAUGGAAGGAACUGAAAAAGCGAACACGUACGAAAAUGUAAAUAGCGACUUUGUGAGAUCCGCGUUCGGAAAGUUGCAAGAACGGUUCUCAAGUUUGCCAAGCAGUAGAAACAAUUCAGCAAAACGUCAAUCCAGCAGCAAUGAAAACAUAACAGACGAAGACUAUUCAGAGAGAAAAGAAAAACAAUCAUCAGUGGUCGGACUUACCGAAGCACAAAAAAAUGCAAUUCGCGGUAUCCGAAUGAUGAAAUUUUCCGUAGCAAAAAGGAAAUUUAAAGAAGCCUUGACGCCGUACGACGUGAAAGACGUUAUCGAGCAAUAUUCAUCUGGACAUAUCGAUAUGUUAUCGAGAGUCAAGAGCUUGCAGACAAGAAUUGACUUUAUCGCGGGCAAUAUGGGGGAUUUAUCACCGGUUGAAAGCACGAUCGAUGAACGCAAGAUAUCGACUGGGAUGAAUCAAACGGAACUUUUUCCAAAAUAUUUCUACACGAAUUCUAGACUAGCCAACAUCGAGAACAAUAUGACGAAAAUUGAAAGAAAAUUAGAUCUAAUUUUAAAGAACUCACAACAGAACAAUUUAAUUCAUUACCUCAUGAUGGAACGUAAAGAGCCAACAUCUCAAUUCGGUGACACAAAAAGAACAAUGGUUUCAGAAGGUGUACACCUCCAAAGAAACAUUAAACUACUUUCUCAAUAUCCCGAAGACAAUGAUACCGAAAAACGACCAGAUUCUCGCAUGUGUGAUGUUGUAGCUUCCGAAAACGAAGAUCUUGCAAAUGAAGAUUCGCUAGAGAUUUUACCGCAUAAAGAAUCUUGCUCGGAAGAGGAAAGUUCAGACGAAGCAUCUCAAAUAGUCGAUAAUGCAUCAGAAAUAAUGUCAACCUUUCCCCGACAACACAGCGCAUUUGACCAAGAAACUAACGUUACAACUGUCAGUCAUCCGGUAAAGUUUUCUGCUCCCAACGGAGAGAUAAUAAACAAUACAUCUUCACAAUUUCAUGUUCAGAUUUGAACUCAACGAUGAUUUGGGUACACUGCCACCGUACUUGAGCAUCAAAGCCUUCGUAAUAAAGAAUGUGAAAGACAAUAAAAAUUCUGUGAGACAGAGUUGUUGCAGCUGAAUGCAAAUGCUAUUCAGAUAGAAGGCGAAAUAAGAUACAUAAUACGGGCCAUCAUGUGCCGGAUCACAUUGAGUAAAAUCUGGAAUAUUGAAUCUGCCAAUACCAUCAUCAAUCUGAUGCUUAAAUCAUUUCAAGAAUUUUUGCUAACUGUGAUGAGUCACAAUGAGAAGGACUUUUGUGCCAUGCAUUACAAACAAACAUUCAGGAUGAGGCGUUGUCAACAACAUGCGGGAGGUUACAUUCUAAUCAGUGUAGGCCAACUAUGUUAACGGAAAUUAUCAACAGUUCUAGAUCCGAUGAACAUGUCUUCCAUAACUUCAACCAAUCAAUGGUAGAUUUCAUGAAAUUGAAAAGUAUCGUUAAUUUCGUAUUUCAGACGAUUGCUUUUUGCAACAUUGGCCAAUAUCUUCGGAUGCCAUGUAUUUAAAAUAACUAGUGUAUUUGUAAAUAUAUAGUAUUUUCGAUUAACAUAUCAAAAUUGGGAUGAACUUAAUAUUUUUUCUACCGGCGUUUGCCUAUGCACUGCACCUAUUACUGCAUGUGCCUUAUUUACAAUUUUGGGGUUUCUAAUUAAUGUUCCUAAAAUUCCGGAAAACUUUCUUUUACCUUAUUUUUACCAAGAAUCUUCAUAUAAAAUAUUCUAUAUAUAAAUCUUCAAUGUUUGUGUACUACUACUAAUCCUUUAUCUAGGCCAAAGUUUCGCAAACUUUCUGUUCGUCGGUACCCCUUUGACAAUUUAUAGAUUCUCUCGUGUACCCUAAAAUUUUAUCAUAUUUUCGGUUGCUACAGUGUGCCACAGAUGAUGAUACUAAAAUCUAACUUGUGGA